AUGACUUCUUUCAAGAUGAUCACGCGCGCUCUCCCUACUCUCUCCGUCUUCCUCUUCUUCUUCUUCACGACCUACUCCUUCCUCUCCUUGACGCCAGCCAAUGAUCCCCUUGACUGGCGUCUUGUUCUCGCCUCUAUCCUGCCAGUACUGCUCGUCGACAUGUAUCUCCUCAAGGUACAUCUAGUACUUGGCACUGCUUUCUUUGGUAUCAUCUCUCUGGUCAUCGGUACCAUUUCUUCCGUUGUUCUUGAGCACAACGUCUCGGUCUGGUCGGUGCUCUACUGGCUCGUGAUCCAAACCUUCCUAGCGGGGUUUACUCCUCUUGGUUGGUACGGAUUCUGGGCUACAGCCUGCUUCGUAGGCACCUGGAACCAAGGCCCGUUGUCUCUUCUCUGGACUGUGCCCCAGCUAGCCCUCGCUGCCUGGAUCAAGUGGAUGGUCGCCCUUGAACCAGCGGAUUACCAGCCUAGGCGACAUGGCUAUUGCCGUGUCCCUGGCUGGAGAUCUUGUUUGGUUUCAGAGCUCCAGAAGCUUGAUUGGGGCCUAAGCGUCAACGACGCCAUUGGCCUUCUUCACCUUGCUCGCCGUUGGUUCGCCGGUGUUGUAGCGGUAGUCCGGUUCGUGACCUGGCUCAUCCCACAAGCCAAAGCGUAUGAGUCGAGGGCCGUGGUUGAAUCCGAUCGUAGGAUGAUACCUUCUAGCCCUGAGACCUGCCCUGAGCCAGUUCAACCCGAGGAUGACAAGCCCAUGCCUCCGCGGCCUGUCUAUCCGUCGGGUGUUCGAGUUCCGGUCUUCCCGUUCGCAAAAGAGCGAGUCAAAAUGCUUCUCAGCAAGCCUAAGCCUUGCGUGAAUAGGUAUUUUGAGUUCCCUCGCUUGCUCCCUGCCCAGCGUCCCAAGCGCCCCGUAAGGGGUGUUUCAAGUCUUCAGCUGGUCAACUCCGAACCUGUGCCAACCUGGCCUAACGGUGCCCCAAUGUUCUUCGGUCCAAUGGUUGGACCUGCUCCUGUGCUUUGUCCCGAGUCUACGCUGGGUCUCGAGCUUUUCUCCGCUCCCCAGCCGGUGACAUAUCAGCAAGCACCGGAGCACACCUUCGUACCGGCGUCUGUCAUUGUCAAUCAGCCACAGCCAGCCCUUUGCUUCCCUGAGCCAGCCAAAGCCAUUGACAGGGAAGUAGAGAUGACCGACGCCGAAGGUCCAGCCGUUGCCUUCUCAGCACCCGAAGAACAACAAGAGGUGCCCAAGCAAGGUGCGGAGUCGGUGGCUCCCGAAAUGGAGUUUGAGUACUUCCAGUCGAAGUACUUGGACGAGGAGCAAACUGCCACGGUCCCGCAGCAAAUGGACAUCAACUCGGACGUGAAGACGGAUGAGAUCCAGCAGCUUAGAACUGCUGGCUCAGAUGUUGACACGGACGAGAACCAUUCGGGCGUGGAAAUGAAGCCGGCGCCAAAUGCGGCUUCUCAACUACCUCGCCAAGUUCCUCACUGGGACUCGGACUCCGAAUUGAGCUCGCCGCCCCCGGAUGAUGAGCCUAUGCCUCACCCACGAAGCCAGCCCAAGCAGGCAUCACACAUCGUGGGAGGACUGACUUUCCCGCUACCGGCACCAAACCAGAUGAGUCCGAUACUUCAAUUGUCCGAACAGCCCAACCAGCCAAGCCAGCCGCGCAAGUUGAUCAAGCCCCGUUCGCCAAGAAAGUCUGGUUCCGGUAAGCCUGGUCCAAGUCUGCCGAGUCAGAAGGCCAUCAAGCCGGAGACCCCAAAGUCAAGCCAGCCUUCACUCGAGAAGGGAAAGGAGGUAGCUAGUUCUGAAAGCUCCUCCAGCCGCCCCGACCAAACCGUUUCUUCGCCCAUAGAACAGUCAAGCGCUCCUGACUAUGACGACUACGAAGAUCGGCUUGAGGCAAGGAUUGAGGACUUGAUGAAUCAAGGAAUCAAUGAUGAGACGGCUAGGAUGAUGGCGGAGAUUGAACUCUGUUGA